GUAUUCAUCCAUUGAUCCCGUCAUCCGGUACCUUUCUACGCAUCAUCAUGGUUAACCCCCGCCGAACUUCUUCCGUUGGACGCGAAAUUUCCCUCCGUGCCGCGGGUAUACGCCGCAGGCGUGCCUCCCGGUCGGUACUUAGGCUCCCUACAGCUCGUCAGUUGUUUGCCGACGAGAACGACUUAACAAGCAGAGUAACAAGGUACUCUCCAGUGCGUAGUUUCGCGCCCUCCCGCGCAUACCCUUAUCGUCCUCCCCGAAACCCUCCAGCGGUUCUUCAAGAGGAACAACAGCCCAGAGCCAGGCCGCCAUCGCCCAAUUACUCCCCCAUCCAGGAUUCAUCUAAUCCCAGCUACUCGCCGGUCAGGACACCGGAAGAUCUUCCUUCCAUACCGGAAGAACGAAGACCCAUAGAACAAAGCACAGAAACUGAGGCUGGUCCAUCCAACCCAGGUCAAGUUCAGGAUCCCCCUGAACCAAAUUUCUACCCGGAACCAGAGGACCUAGUCUUACCAAGCAGUAUCCAACCCCUCGCAGGACUAACAGACGAAGAUUUUAUCGAGAUCUACGAAUACUUGCAGCGAGAUAAUUUCUUCAACAACCGCGAAUAAUAACC